AUUUUGUGGUACCACUACAGCUGUUAUACACAGAAUAAGUGGUGUUCUACGCUUUGACCAACACGGCAACACUUUCGUGUACCAAUCAUAGAUUGUUCUGCGAGAUCUUUUGUUCUUGGCAGUUUGUUUCUCUUGAAAAUCCAAAACCUGAUGGCUUCCUGGGUUCAGCAACUCACUUCUAUUGACUGGAACCAUGAGUCCUACCCUGCCUUUCGUGAUUUCUCCGUUAUACCCUUCUUUGCUCUGUUCUUUCCCUUCUUCCGCUUCCUUCUCGACAGGUUCAUUUUCGAGAAAGUGGCCAGACGAUUGAUUUUUGGAAAGGAACACAAGUCACUGGAUUUUCAGACAUAUGAGAGAAAAAAGAAGAUUAGGAAAUUUAAGGAAUCAGCAUGGAAAUGCGUUUAUUUUCUAUCAGCAGAAAUUUUUGCUUUGGCUGUAACAUAUGACGAGCCAUGGUUUACUAAUACAAGAUAUUUUUGGGAGGGGCCAGGGAGUCAGAUAUGGCCAGAGCUAAAGAUUAAAUUGAAAUUGAAGGGGCUCUAUAUGUAUGCUGCUGGAUUUUAUUCAUACUCCAUACUUGCUUUAAUAUUUUGGGAGACGAGGCGCUCUGACUUUGUGGUUUCCAUGGGCCAUCAUGUUUCUUCUGUCAUUCUCAUUGUGUUAUCCUACAUUCUUAGGUUUGUUCGUGUUGGAUCAGUUGUUUUAGCUCUUCAUGAUGCUAGUGAUGUGUUUAUGGAGACAGGGAAAAUGUCCAAAUACAGUGGUGCUGAAACAAUAGCUAGCAUUGCAUUUGUUCUUUUCGUUCUGUGUUUUACCAUACUGCGGAUCAUUUACUACCCGUUCUGGAUUCUUAGGAGUACAAGCUGUGAAGUUGUUAUCGCCUUGAAAAAGGACUUGGUGGAUGGUCCAAUAUAUUAUUAUGUGUUCAACACUCUUCUAUACUUCUUGCUCGUUCUUCAUAUAUAUUGGUGGGUGCUGAUGCUUCGGAUGCUCGUUAAACAAAUCCAAGAAAAAGGAAAAGUUAGUGAAGAUAUCCGGUCUGAUUCAGAAGAUGAAGAUGAACAUAAACAUCAAGAAUGAACAGAAAAACAGGAUUGAAUAUGAUCUCAUUUUGUUCAAAAUGCAUCAUGGGUUGUCUUAAAUGACCAUGGACAUCUCAAAUAUUGUCACACUGUGUGGCGUUGAGAUAAGAAUGUAAAAAUCAUCAUAAGUAAUCAAGUAUAGUAGAAACUAGAAGCUUCUUGUCAAAUUAAUUUUGCUACUAGUUCAAACUGACAAUUAAAGCUUAGAAGGAACUAUAAGAAUGAUGCAGAAAUGCUCCCUGUAGAUCAAAGUUUGACCCCCUCACUCUCAAUAUAAUUAUAUGUAAUUUACUGUGCUAUAGCAUUGCGCUAUAUUGUAGGUACACUGAAAUGUGAGAUGAAUGAUAUAAUUUGUUUUUCCUAUUGGUUAUUGUUGAUAUAAAAUGAGAUGGAAUUUAUUGAUACAGAAUUCUCAUUA